AUGGCGAGCCAUGGCAUUCCCCGCUCCAGUGUCAAGACAGAGGUGGAUACUGAGCAGAAUCGGAAAGAAGUCCAGACAUACAGGGAACUGGAAAGCUCUGUACAUGAGAAGAUCGCUGCACAUAUAUAUACACAUGAUACUCUGGAACAAGUAUCGGAGCUAUUGAAGAAGAACCCUGAAUAUUAUACGAUAUGGAACUACCGGCGACUAAUACGACAGUAUGAAUUUGCUCAGGCCACUUCUUCACCAGGUCAACCAGAGGCUGAUCAGAUCAUCCCUAUCAUCAAAUACGAUUUAGAGUUCCUCUUUCCAUUGCUUCGCUCCUUUCCAAAAUGUUAUUGGAUUUGGAAUUAUCGGCUCUGGAUACUGAACGAAGGCAAGAGACUACUGCCAAGGCAGCUUGCUCGACAGUUCUGGGAAGGAGAACUGGCUCUUUUGGGCAAGAUGUUGACCGCAGAUAGCCGCAACUUUCAUGGCUGGGGCUAUAGGACUUUUGUGAUCGAUGCAUUGGAAGAUUUAGCCGAUGACGGGGAACCGAGCAUGGCACAGGCGCAAAUAGACUACACAACCAAAAUGAUCAAGACUAAUUUGUCCAACUUUUCGGCAUGGCAUUACCGAACCAAAGCGAUUCAGAAGCUUCUUGAUGAGAAGACAGCAAGUAACGAAGAACGAAAAGAAGUUUUGGAACAAGAAUUGGAAUUAUCCCAUAACGCUCUUAUCGAUCCAUACGAUCAGUCACUUUGGUUUUAUCAUCAGAAUUUAAUGUGUGUGUUCGACCCAUCGCUGGCGGAUCGCACUCUAGCACCGGGUCUAUCAAACUCCGAUCGUUUAAGAUAUGUUCAGGAUGAAAAGGAACUUAUCAACGAGAUGUUGGAAGACUACACGGAUUGCAAAUGGAUAUAUCAGGGAUUGGUGGACUGCAAUUUGAUCGCAGCGAAGAUUGAAGGAACCAUGUCCGCUGAGAACCGAGCCGAGGUGUUGGAAUGGCUAAAGUCCUUGAAUGAACUGGAUCCUCUGAGAAAGGGGCACUGGAAAGACAUCGAGAACCAAGUGACUCACAUCUACGGCCUCCCCUUCACGCAGCACUCAAGCAAGGGGAGCCAUCACGCGAGCGACAGUCUGUUCAAAAUGAGUUCAAGCCCGGAGCCCAAGGAUUAUGGCGAGGAAUCCUUUGAAGAUGCCAGCGAAGAAAACACGCAUGCGGCUCCUCCAAUGCCACAAAGCACGUCCACACGCUCUUUAACCGAUCGGCGACUGUCGAAUGGAUCUGUCACGACUCCGCGUGCUGAGCAUUCGCCCGGCUUUCCUUUUCCCUCUACAUCUACAGAUGCCAAACCCGAAGAAGACGACGACGAUUCGGUCAACGUCAGCCCGACACCCACACCUCACUCAGAGAACGAAGACACCCCUAGACGGAAGAAAUACCAAAAAUCACCACUUUUAACAGCUCAUCGCCUAUCAACAACUUCGCUGGACGACGUUAAUUUGGCGGGCAAUAAAGAUGAUGAUGAACUCAAUGAUGUGGGCAGCCCGGUAGCUGAUUCAUCUCUCGACUCUCCUGGAGCAGCCUCCAUCGAUUCGAUUGCUACGAAACAGAGCAUGUCGUCCACAUUAAUGUCCAGUUUACCGUCGGUACCAUGGUCGACUGCGUCCAAACCUGUCCCUGUCCCUGUUGCUGUCCCUGCUCCUGCUCCGCCACCGCCCGCUCCUCCCGCACUACCUGGUCGGAAGCUGACAAGCCCAUUCUCGUGGCUUUCCAGGUCAAGCAUUUCCGGUGACUCCAAGUCUUCCCCUACUAACUUGGGUAAUAGUCGCCGAAAUACCGCUGCAUCGGUUUCGACGGUCAACACGGUGGAAGAAGGAGACAGUAUGAGCAUUGGAUCAAAGAAACCGACACGUAACAGUCUCAAGGAUCAAUUCAAGCUUCUUCGUAUGCGGGAAGAGGGACCUGAAACCGAUCAAGUGAGCAUCGCUUCGGGAAAUGUAUCCAUCGGUGCAGGGCUUGCCAGCCCAGCAGAAGAACACGCACUACCAGCUCCUUCACCAGUCAUUGCUGGCACCGGUGGGCCAUUUCCGCCCAUCAACCCUAAUCUUCUACCUGGCACAGUUUCGGGGAUCGCAACAUCUGCGACUGAUGCGGCGGCACCAGUUGACUGGGAAUUGUGGGAAGGAAUUGUAAACAAUGGACCGGAAGCAUUGUCAGGUGCCAACUCAGAAGAACUCAAUGCCGCUAUCAAGCGCGGUAUCCCUCAAACAAUCAGAGGCGUGAUCUGGCAAGUUUUGGCGGACAGUCGCAAUGCAGAACUUGAAGAAGUAUACAAGGAACUUGUGGCACGAGGAACAGACAAGGAACGUCAUAUGAGUCUUAGUGGACAGGGACCCAGCGGUGCUGCCUCAGAGAAGGAGUCAUUGGCUUCUUCGCGCUCUUCUAUUCGAUCCGAUAAUUCAGGCUCCCCGUCUCCAUCAAGUCAAACUACGACUUCGCCAGUCCCUCACGAGAAGGAAGUCGACCCGAUAACUGCGGAGACGGCUCGCAAAAAGAAACUCAAAGAGGAUACCGAGGCGAUUCGUAGGCUAGAAAAAGUUAUACGAAGAGACUUGGGAUCUCGGACAAGUUAUUCGAAAUAUUUCGUCUCACAGGGGAGCCAGGAAGCUCUCUUUGGAUUAUGCAAGGCUUAUGCUUUAUAUGACGAGGCGGUAGGCUAUGCACAAGGUAUCAACUUCAUUGCUAUGCCGCUGUUAUUCAACAUGGAUGAGGGAGAGGCUUUUACGCUUCUUGUGAAACUUAUGAAUAAAUAUGGUCUACGAGAUAUGUUUAUCCAGGACAUGCCCGGUCUGCAUUUGCAUUUGUUCCAGUUUGAACGACUUCUGGAGGACCUUGAACCUGCACUUUAUUGUCACCUUCGACGACGCGGAGUUAGCCCGCAAUUGUAUGCCACACAGUGGUUCUUGACUCUUUUCGCAUAUCGAUUCCCGUUGCAAUUAGUACUCCGCAUCUACGAUCUUAUUUUUGAAGAAGGACUAGAAAGUACUAUUCUCCGCUUUGGCGUCGCUAUCAUGCAACGCAACGUCGAAACGCUUCUCGGCAUGAAAGACAUGUCCAGUCUCUCGCAGUUUCUCAAGGAAAAAUUAUUCGAUGUUUACAUCGAUCAACAACCAUCCGCUAGCUCGAUCCUUGAGUCUGGAUUCUUCGGCAGCUCUGGUGGAAGCGACAAGGAGAUUUACCGGGCUGAUCUAAUGGUGCAAGAUGCGUGCGCCAUUCCACUCACGGCUGAAAUGAUCCAGUCGUAUACGACAGAGUGGGAAGACAAGGUUCGAACCGAGAAGGAAAGGGAACAGGAGCUUGAAGGUCUCAAGCAUACCGUGGCAUCGCAGGCUGCACGAAUACGGUCGUUGGAAGAACGCACUGAAAAGUCUGACCAAGAACACGUUCAACUGGCGUCCGAGUUGGUGCGAAUGAAGGUCGAAAACGAAGAAUUGUCUGACACGAAUGAAAGUCUUCAGGUUCAGGUACAGGAGCUGAAGAUUGUAGUUGACAAGCAGCCCGCCGAGGUCGAGGAAAAGCUUAGGACCGAGAUGGAACGUAUUAUGAAACGGAACAUGGAAGUGCAGAACGAGAAUCGAAAUAUGGAAGAACAAAUGGCAGAGAUGGAGAAAGAUUUAGUGGAGACCAAGAUGAAAUGGGCUGAGCUCUCAGAAAACCACGAGGGCCUCAGACAGAAAUGGGCAGAUCUCCGGAGGGCUUUGGACGGAUGA